AUGUCGAACCGCGAUCUCAGUGCCGCUGGCCGUCUUCGGGACCGACAACCGAUUCCGACGCCCGUCCCCGCCUAUCUUCCCACUGCGGGAUCGCCUCUCACAGUCGACAGGACUCUCUACUCUUCGGCCCAACAAGCCCCGCGAAUAUUGGUCAAGGAAUUCACCCUCCCGAUCCGCUCCGGCCGUGCUUGGAAAGCCCCCGCCGGAAGCAUCGUCCGGAUCAGCACCCCCGAGGGUCCUCAGGUGGGCGACCUCAAUAUUUGGAACGCCCAUAACCCCCGCGAACGCUUUUGGGCUUCGCGAACAAGGCAGCUGCAUGCGACGCAUGUGUCGACCUACGACAGGUUAUGGUCGUGUUUGCCAUACAUGCGACCCUUGGUGACCAUCAUCUCAGACACCUUGGCGUGGUACGGGGAGGAUGAGCACGGUGGGCGCGUCCACGAUCUUCUCGGCACCCGCUGCGAUCCGUACAUCAACACGGUCUUGAGUGGCGGAGAGUAUAACUUUCAUUGUCACUCCAACCUGACCCGCGCGGUACUGCCGUUUGGGCUAGCUGAAUCGGAUGUCCACGAUGUCAUCAACAUUUUCCAGGUGACAGGGCUGGACGCGAAGGGACGGUACUUUAUGAAUCCAUGCCCAGCGACGAGCGGGGAUCACCUAGAGUUUCUAGCAGAGCAAGAUGUCUUGAUGGCCCUGAGUACUUGCCCCGGAGGGGAUCUGUCGCUGUGGGGAUUUGGUGCCGAUAGCGAGAAAGAGAUGAUCAAAUGCUGCCGCCCCCUCAAGGUCGAGGUAUUCCGUCUCGCUGAUUCGGACUUUCUGCGCAAGGGCGGUUGGCAGCCGGCCGAGCCUUCCGAGUACCAGGGACAACACGGAAUGACUGUUAUCCAAAGAGAACCACGUGCGGGACACGAGGUUGAGCACAAAACAAGACAGUAA